AUGUGGCGCGGUGGUCGUCUCGCUUCGACUCGAUCGCAGUGGAUAUUUCUCGACGUCGCGCUGGGUCGCACCAAGACCGGAGUGCAACAGCCAAAGCCGCAAGCGCUGCCCAACAGAUCAGCUCCGGCGUCAAUCAUCGUGUCGCCGCGCCAAAAGGGGAAUCCAGUCUUGGACAAGAUCAAAUCGAUGCCAUGGGAGUAUGGCGAUAUCCCGGCCGACUACCUUCUUGGACUGACGACUUGUGCGCUCUUCCUUUCACUGAAGUAUCAUCGAUUGCAUCCAGAGUACAUCUACACUCGAAUCAAGAAUUUGCAACACAAGUAUGCCCUGCGAAUCGUUCUUUGCAUGGUCGACAUCCAGAACCACGAGGAGAGCUUGAAAGAACUCAGCAAAACGAGCGUGAUCAACAACGUCACUAUCAUCCUUUGCUGGUCGGCCGCCGAAGGUGCGCGGUACUUAGAGUUGUACAAGACCUACGAAAAUGCUGCCCCGACCUCGAUCAGGCAGCAUCAGUCCACCACCUACAGCGACCGCAUGAUCGACUUCGUAACCACUCCGAGGGCGGUCAAUAAGACCGAUGCUGUCUCCAUUGUCUCUCAAUUUGGCACAAUCCGGACAGCUGUAAACGCGAGGCAUGAGGAAGUUGCCAUGAUCGCUGGCUGGGGCGAGAAGAAGGUGCAACAGUGGUGCAACAGCGUGCGAGAGCCGUUCAGAAUAAAACGUGCCGCCAAACGAGGACUUGACAUGACCGCCUUGGUGGGAAGUCAACCUGGGUCGAGAGCACCAACGAUUUCGAGAGAUGUUACCAGGGAAGAAAAUGCAUCGCCAGCAGAGACGUUUGAUGCGAUUAGACCCGCUACUGCAGCCUCGAAUUCGGAUGCAGAUCAAAGACCAGCGGCCAAGAUCGCAGAAAACGUCCACACAAAUGACGGUCAUGGAGGUGAAGAAGAAGCUUUGGCUGAUGCUCUGACAGCUGCUCAAGUCCCUGCCAAGAGGAGCACAGCACAGAGCAGCAACACAGCACCUCCUCAAGAGCCAAAGAAGCGCAAACAGGACGAUGAUCCUCUAAGCGAUGGUGUGAUGGCCGCGCUGAGCAAGCUGCGUAAAGCGGGCUGAAGAAGGAGUCCGACAUUGCCCGAGACAUUAUCGAAAGCUGAGCAAUACGAUGAGCGUGAACUGCCCAGACAGUGACGUUCGGCACCGAGCCAUCGUAGAGAAUCAAAGCCGAAAAGAGACGUUUGCCUUGUGAUGCACGCAGAAGAACAGAAUGCACAGGACGUUUCUUGAGAGAGCUCGAUCUCGUGCAAUGGGAACGACAGGACUGAGAGACUAAGCUUCAGGCUUCGAGAGAUUGCAGAGUUGCGGUUAAACUCCAGCAGAGGGAGAGGGCACAGCGCCAUACCUAGGUAGCUUACAGUCCCACGGCCUAACGAUUGAGCCUCAGCAUGCGGUUUGAGUGCUACUAUACACAUGCUCUCCUCUGCACAUCUAUACCCACAGCUUAACAGUCCCAUCGGCACCACCACUUACAAUCCACGGCUCGGUAGGAUGCCAAUCAAGCGCCAACACCCCAAGAUCGCUCUUGACUUUGUGACCCUUAAGAACCUUCAAAGGCACGAUCGUAGCGUUCUCCAUACUGUCCGCCGUGACCUUUCCAUGGAAGAUCUGCAAAGUACCAUCAUCCGAAGCAUCGGCAAAGAGAGGAUAGCUAGAAUGGAAUUUGACGCUCCGAACAGCUUUGCUGUGGUAGCGUAAAGUCUUAUAUGGCGUGCUGCCAAGAUCGAGAUCGUGCCACAGAAGUCGCUUAUCGUAUGACGAGACGAGAAGAUUGGAGCCGAGAGGAUGGAGAUGGAUAUCUGAGAUCCAGCGAGCACCGGGCUGGAGCUCCUUCUCCAUUUUCUGUUGCUGAAGGUCGUAGACUCGGAUUCUCUGGCGCGUGGCGACGAAGAAAAGUGGUCGAGAUGGGUGGAAGCAGACUGUUUGCGCGAGGCCUUUGACUCGACGGAAUGGGUGUUGGGUUUGAUGCUUGCUGAGCGUGUGGAUUGCUACUGCUGUGGAUGUGGACGAUGUUGAGGGGCAGACCGUGGAGAAGUAUUCGCCUCGCCGGUGCCAAACGAGAGUUUUUGGGGUAGAUCGGAGUGUCAACGUGAGCAUGAUCC